CAUGUGGAUGUUGCAAACUGUCAACAUUCUCUUGACAUCAUCUCGAGGAAGGCCCGUUGCUUCAAAACUCUACCACCUUUUUGGGAAACUAUACAUCCAACAGCAAUCGAGAUGAAGGUUGUCGGAUCUACCUGUGCCCUGAAGAGCAAGGUCGGCGGCGAGGACGUGGUGCGCUGCCUCUCCGACCAGAGCCUGACCAUCACCAAAUGCAAGAUCCCGCUGCUGGACGAGCAGAUGAGCGUCUUCCUGCAGGACAUGAACAGCUGCUACAGCAAGCUCAAGGAGCUCGUGCCCACUCUGCCCACCAACAAGAAGGCCAGCAAAGUGGAGAUCUUGCAGCACGUGAUCGACUACAUCUGGGACCUGCAGGUAGAGCUGGACGAGCCGGAGAAGAGCCGCCAGCACGCGAGCGGCGGCGUCGGCCGCUCACCGCUGACCACUUUGAACGCGGAGCUCGCCAGCAUAUCAGUGGAGAAUGGCUGCUCGGACGACAGAAUCAUGUGCCGCUAGGAGCGCGUGGAGCAUCGCACCGGCGGGCGCCGCGUAGAACGAACAAGGCUACUUGAUGUGACGCAUCUGUGAAAAACCUUGAACUGUGUAGGGACGUUUCAAACUCCCAGAGCUAGAAAAAUACCGUUGCGUGGACAUCCUCCGGCGGGGAGGAUCUCUGUCACUCACGGCUCUCGAUUCAUCAGAGGGCUCUGAGAGAUGAAGACCGGCGGUGUCCGGGACAUAGACUGGGUUAGCCGGCGGACCAGGACCAGAUCAGUGCAACCAGCGCCGCUUGUUGCUUGUAGAGUUUAUAAAGAAAGCUAAUGAUUCUGUUACGCUCUUUAUUUACGUAUUGUAUGUAAUCAUGUAGAGAAUUCAACAUUUUGUUAAAGAAAAAAAUGAAAUUUCUCAGAUUCCUGAGCGACAAACUGUAUUGUAUAUUACAAUGCCACAUUAUGUGAAGAUAUUGUUUUCUUACAAUGUACUUUAUGGGUGUUUUUAUUAAAACAAGACAAUUAUUUUUAAACAUGAA